AUGGCCAGUCUCAUCGCUAUCCUCGACGUCAAGGGCAAGUCCCUCAUCCAACGAUCAUACCGAGACGAUGUUCCGCCAUCCUACAUUGAGCGCUUCCUCCCGCUCGUCCUCGACAUGGAGGAGGAGAAUGUUCAGGUCACACCUUGCUUCUCGGAUGAUGGAAUCAACUACAUGCACAUCAGACACAACAACCUAUAUUUACUUGCACUGAGCAAACGGAAUACCAACGCGGCGGAGAUCAUCUUCUUCCUGCAUCGAUUAUGCUCCGUCCUCACGGAAUACUUCAAAGAGCUCGAGGAAGAAUCCAUCCGGGACAACUUUGUCAUCAUCUACGAGUUACUCGACGAGAUGAUGGACUUUGGCUUUCCACAAACCACCGAAAGCAAGAUCCUCCAGGAAUACAUCACCCAAGAGUCGCACAAGCUCGAGUCGCAGGCGAGACCACCGAUGGCGGUGACCAAUGCCGUGUCUUGGCGGUCUGAAGGGAUCCGAUACAGAAAGAACGAGGUGUUCUUGGACGUGGUUGAGAGCAUCAAUCUCUUGGUCAACGCGUCAGGCAACGUUGUACGGUCCGAGAUUCUCGGCGCAGUCAAGAUGAAGUGCUACCUGUCUGGAAUGCCAGAGCUGAGACUGGGUUUAAAUGACAAAGUCAUGUUUGAGUCCACCGGUCGAGCGUCCCGUGGCAAAGCCAUCGAAAUGGAGGACGUCAAAUUCCACCAAUGUGUCCGGCUAUCCCGCUUCGAAAACGACCGCACCAUCUCCUUCAUUCCCCCAGACGGCGAGUUUGAACUUAUGUCGUACCGCCUUUCGCAAUCCGUCAAACCUCUGGUCUGGGUCGAAGCGAGCGUUGAGAGCCAUCGAGGGUCGAGGGUGGAGUACAUGGUCAAGGUCAGGGGGCAAUUCAAGCGGCGGAGUACCGCCAACAAUGUCGAGAUCUUUGUGCCAGUACCAGAUGAUGCGGAUAGUCCCAAGUUCCGCGCAUCCGUGGGUUCGGUGGUGUAUGCGCCAGAAAAAUCGGCCUUUGUCUGGAAGAUCAAGCAGCUUGGCGGAGGAAGGGACUACAUUAUGCGCGCACACUUUGGAUUGCCAAGUGUCAGGAAUGAGGAACUCGACAAGCGUGCACCCAUCACGGUCAAGUUUGAGAUUCCAUACUUUACAGUAUCGGGUAUCCAGGUCAGGUAUUUGAAGAUUGUUGAAAAGUCGGGCUAUCGUGAAUUACCUUGGGUCCGGUACAUUUCUCAAAACGGGGACGACUAUGUGCUCCGAACGAUCACCGACGCUAAGACCUCAACGAUUGUGGCGCCGUUAUAG